AUGUUUUCUAUACGAAAUACGGAGAGCUCAAUUCAUUUGUCUGUGUAUACAUACAUACAUCUAUCUAUCUAUCUAUCUAUCUAUCUAUUUAUCUAUCUAUCUAUCUAUGUUAAUGCUGAGAAAGUUUUACGCACAUACACUAUAUCUAUCUAUCUAUCUAUCUAUCUAUCUAUCUAUCUAUCUAUCUAUCUAUCUAUCUGUUUGUCAAUUAAUCGACACCUUAUAUUUAUUGGAUUAUAUUCUAAUCUAUCUAUCUAUCUAUCUAUCUAUCUAUCUAUCUAUCUAUCUAUCUAUCUAUCUAUCUAUCUAUCUCAGUCUAUUUCAUUUAUUCUCUCUAUCUAUCUGUCUAUCUAUCUCAGUCUAUUUCGAUAUAUCUGUUUCAGUCUGUUUCUAUCUAUGCGUAUCUAUCUCAAAAUAUAUAGUAAUAAGACUCGAAUUUCAAACUAUACAUAUGUGGAUAAAAUAAUGAAUCAAUUACAAUCCAUCCAUCUAUCUAUCUAUCUAUCUAUCUAUCUAUCUAUCUAUCACUAUUUUUGA